UUUCUCUUCAUCACAGUGAGAAGCUUCGCCUAGAAGAUCUCCAGGGACCUUGUGAACUCUUGGAAAUUGGGCUCUUUUGAGAGGCUUGAGGCAGGAAGAGACUGGGACCAAGACCCCCAUCAGCACCUACAGUGACUCCUACAGGGCUCCUACCUCCAUCAAGGAGGUCUAUAAGGACCCACCUCUGUGGGCCUGGGAAGCCAACAGGUUUGUGACUCCGGGCCUGACUCAGACUGUGCAGCGCCACGUGGAUCCUGAAGCCCUGCAGAAGAUGGUCAAGUGUGCUGUGCAGGACUACAGCUAUAAGAGUUCCAUACCAGGUCACCCCUACUUGCCUGAGAAAUACUGGCUCUCUCAAGAGGAAGACAAAUGCAACCCAAACCACCUGUGCGGUAACCGGUAUAAUACAUGGAGGAUGGGACCUUACAACUGUACGGGCUGGAACAAACGUGCCUCAUACCUUCCCCGGCUGCCUAAGGAGGCCGGGAUGGAGACAGUAGUUCGAGGAAUGCCCUUGGUGCACCCUCCUAAGCCGGAGCGACUCAACGCCUACGAGCGCGAGGUAGUGGUGAACAUGCUGAACUCGCUGUCACGGAAGCAGCCGCUGCCGCAGAUCACGCCCCGCUGCGGGUGUGUGGACCCGCUGCCGGGCCGCCUGCCCUUCCAGGGUUAUGAAAGCGGUUGCUCGGGCCGCCACUACUGUCUGCGCGGCAUGGACUACUGCGUCGCCGGGCCACCCUGCACCGAACGUCGCCUGCGGCUUUUGCGCACAGAGCGGCCGACUGCAAGGACUGUAUCGCCCUGCAAGCACCGGCCGGGAAUGCAAUGUGCUGUUAUAACUCCCCCGCCGUCAUACUACCCUUGUCCGAACCUCAGAUGGGACACAAGUCACUUCAAGAAGACCGGUGGCCCCCAGAGAAACAACUAUGUCGUCCACCCUGAGUUUGUGUCCGAGACCUAUCCUGACUACCACUGCCGGUAGAGCCCGGGCUGGCCGGGCCAAGGGGGCUGAACAAUG